CUAUAUCAUAUCGUUACAGCCAAUCAUCAACCAUAAUAAUUUUACUGAUGAAUACUGAAUGAUUGUCAUAUUAUUACGUCGAAUUGGCCGAUUCAGUAACAUCCUGAUUGAUCGAAAAUUAUUUUCAUUCCAUUCAAAUAUUAUUAUUGACAACAACAAAAUGGUUGAAGAAGCAAAAAAAUUGGCCGCAUUUGCAGCUAUUGAUGAUCAUUUGAAGAAUAAUAUGGCCAUUGGUGUUGGCAGUGGAUCAACCAUUGUUUAUGCCGUUGAACGUUUAGCUGAAAAAAUCAAAAAUGAUGGCUUAAUUGUGACCUGUGUUCCAACAUCAUUCCAGGCACGACAAUUAAUCACCAAACAUGGUUUGAUAAUGAGUGAUCUUGAACGUAAUCCACAAUUGGAUGUUGCAUUCGAUGGUGCCGAUGAAGUGGAUGAAAAAUUAAAUCUUAUUAAAGGUGGAGGUGGAUGUCUGACACAGGAGAAAAUCGUUGCAUCCGCAGAAAAAUUAAUUAUUGUAGCUGAUUUUAAUAAACGGGCAAUUGUAUUAGGCGAACGAUGGAAAAAAGGUUUACCGAUCGAGGUCAUUCCAAUGAGUUAUAUGUUGGUUAAACAAAAAAUUGAAUCAAUGUUUGGUGGUCAAGCUACUUUACGAAUGGCACAGGCUAAAGCUGGCCCAUUGGUUACGGAUAAUUCGAAUUUCAUUUUGGAUUGGAAAUUUCCAACAAUUCCAGCUGAAGAAUGGCCGCGAAUAAAUACGGAACUUAAUAACAUAGCUGGAGUUGUUGAAACAGGACUUUUUAUCGGAAUGGCAUCACAAGUAUAUUUCGGUAAUCAAGAUGGAACUAUAACGGUUGUUUAAUUUGGAUGUUUUUAAAAAAAACAAUAACCAUUUUUUAAAGAAAACAAAUUAAAGAAUUGUCUUAUUUUUUCAA